GUACUUCACCGCUCUCAAAUUCAUCACAGCUAGAUUCUCUAUCUUUGCAUUCGCUCUCAUAAACUUCGUUUCGAUGGCGCCCAAGGCAGAGAAGAAGCCCGCGGAGAAGAAGCCGGCCGGCGGCGAGGAGAAGAAGGCCGAGAAGGCUCCGGCGGAGAAGAAGCCAAGGGCUGAGAAGAAGCUACCAAAGGACGCGUCUUCUACUGAUAAGAAGAAGAAGAGGACGAAGAAAAAUGUGGAGACCUAUAAGAUCUACAUCUUCAAGGUGUUGAAGCAGGUUCAUCCUGACAUCGGGAUUUCCAGCAAGGCUAUGGGCAUCAUGAACAGCUUCAUCAAUGACAUCUUUGAGAAACUCGCUCAGGAGGCCUCCAGGCUCGCGAGGUACAACAAGAAGCCGACCAUCACCUCCAGGGAGAUCCAGACCGCUGUGAGGCUUGUUCUGCCCGGUGAGCUUGCGAAGCACGCUGUUUCUGAGGGGACCAAGGCGGUCACCAAGUUUACUAGCUCUUAGGGUUUCUAUGAUGUAAAGAUUUUAGGGCUUCAGAUCCAAUUUCUUGUAUUUUGAUGAUGAUUUAAUCCGCGCUAAUGAAUGAAGUUUCAACAUCUUCCAAUGCUUU